CGAUUGCCAAUUGAGUGGAAAACCUCUCAUUGAAUGACAAAAAAGACUCGACUUUUAGCUGAAGAUCAGUGAAUCAAUUGUGACAUUAAAUCAGUUUCUCGUCCCAAGACACACAUCGAGACCAGUCCAAGAGCCGCGGAGACCACGUGCGGUUAGAUUUUGGUGUUGAUAGACCCGGAAGAAUGUCAGCCACGAGUCAACUCAAAGAGCUACUGAAUCUGACAUCGUUUGGUGGGAUAAUGAGCGCAUCCAAUGGGCCGCAAAUGGCCGCAAAUCAGCUGAACGACUUGAACACCACUCACACGAACAUCGCUAACAACAUGACUGUCCGGCGCCACAGUCUCGCCAACAACUGCACCAUCAAAGUGGACACCACUUCCACGGAAUGCCUGUUCGACGUGAUGGCCGUCCGGGUGGCCAUCGAGGGCCACACGUCCACCAACUCGUACUUCACGAAAGUGGAGCGAUUGGUCGACUUUAACUGGGAUUUGAGUCCGAACUGCAAUUGGCUGGCGGUGUCCAACCGGAAGCCGUUCAUCGCGUAUGUGAUCAGUCGGUUUUCGCGGCCGCAGACCUCGCGACAGCCCAAUGUGUCGGUCAGCGACUCCGCUGUGAACCAAAUGAUACGUAUAAUGAAUUACGAGACGAGGGGCCGGUGUCUGGCGAAGGGUGUCUUUCAUCAGCCAAUAGCCGACCUCUCGUUCGCCAUAAACUCGAUCUCAUCGAGUAGUCUGGAUGUGAGUAAACUGGCCGUCGCUGAUAGGGGCGGGAAUGUCUACAUCUAUAGCCUGAAGGAGGAGAGCGGCGACAUACAGGCGCACCAGAUCUUGGAGAUCGUCAACGACGGCAGUAAACACGAUUUGGUGCGACUCUCGUGGUGUCCAUACAUUCCCAGCGACGAAGACGAUCUCGUAGUGGAAGGCGAUCCCGGACUCACUCUAGCGUUGAGCUGUGAUAAUAGGGUCGAGUUGUUUGCCAUCGAUCUGCUGCAGAGUCUGUAUAAGGAGUCGGUGGUCGUCGAGGUGUCGAAACUGAAGGCCUCCAACACCGGGUAUCAGCUGAUAGAGAAGGCCCACGAGAGGCCUAUUGUCUCCCUGUCCAUCGCACAAGAGGUGACCGCCAUCUGCACGGCAGGGCUCGACGAUAAGAUCCGGUUCUAUUCCGUGGCACUCAAUCAGAAUCCACCGCCGAUUCAGUCAAAGAAGUUUCUGAAGGAAUGGAAUCUGUGUGACGAGUAUCAGUACUACGAAAGGGAUGACCACAUGAACGCCUUCUACUUCUUGGACGACUUCGAUUACCUCCUGAGCCAACCGGAGCCCAUA